AUGGCAAAAUCAUAUUUGAAGACUGAAUUUCACAUGUUAAUGGAGAAAGUGGAAGCAGUUGAUGCUAGAGUGAAGAAUUACUUGGAAUUGGUUGGUUACGAUAAGUGGGCUAGAUCGUAUGCAUCCGUUCAUAGUGGAUGGACUUUGACAUCAAACAUUACCGAGUCCAUUAAUGUUGCACAGCAGGCGCUGUAUACUUUUACGAAUCUUAUUGGUAAAUUUCAAAAAAUUCUUCAACAGAAUGAAACAGAGUGUACACGUAUGAAGGUUAUACCUGCAUCUGAGUACAUCUAUACAGUCCACGACACUGAGAAACAUUUUAUUAUUUGUCUUAAGGAAAAAAAAUAUCCUUGCAAUGCAUUUCAAUUGGAUGAGAUAGCAUGUGUUCAUGCUUAUGCAGUUCUUGAUAGCAAGAAUUUCAAGAAGAGACCAUAUUGCUCUGAUCUAUACAAACCCAAAAAUCGUAUUGAGAACAUAUGA